CCGUAUCUUUCCGGUGUCAUGCCUUCUCCCUUGCGGAACGCGUGGUAGCGAUUAUUGCCCAUUUUCCUCUUUUAUAGCGAUUCUGAGAAGUUAUUGUGGAAAUGGCAGAAAUGGUCCAAGAAAAGAGUGCAGGACUAAAAUUCCCAGAGGAGCAGCUUCUGCGACACGGAUGGGAAAAAGGUAAAGGUCUGGGCAGAUCUGAGAAUGGCAUCUCAGAAGCUAUUAAAGUCCAAAUUAAAUGUGAUAAAAGAGGGAUGGGCGAUAAGGAAGGUGAGCAGUUCACUUUCCACUGGUGGGACCAUGUUUUUAACAGAGCCUCGUUCAGUCUGGUUGUGGAAACAGGGCAGUCAGCUACGCUGCUGUCAGGUGAGGAGCAGCCAGAAAAGACCUCUGAUUCAGAUGACAGCAGCAGCACUUCUGAAGAUGAGGACCAGAAACUGGACCUUUCCAGCACUACCAAGCUAUCAGAUACAGAUCUGCUGAAAGCUUGUGGAGGACGAACAGCACACAAAGGAGCCAGACAUGGACUCACUAUGAGCGCCAAACUGGCCCGGCUUGAGCAGCAGGAGCAGGAGUUCAUGAACAAGUAUGGCAAGAAGAACCACACUGCUGAAACAUCCACAAGCAACACAGAUUGUCUAAAUUUUGAGGGACGUCCAGAUAUUAAAGAGAAAACAAAACGCAAGAAAUCAAAAAGGCAGAGAAUACCAUCAGAAAAUAACAUCCAUGAAGACAAGAUGACAACACGGGUCCUUUCAAGUAAUGAUACUGAGGACAGCAAACCCAAAAAGAGGAAAGAGUCUAAUGAUGCUUCUGUGAAUGACAAUAUGAUCGCAGAUACGGAGCCAAAGAAGAAGAAAAAGAGAAAUCGCAAAGAAAAACAAGCACCUGAGGAUUGUGUUCAUGGAGAACGCAGCAUAGAUGUGAAUGAGGCAUUCACACACAAAUCAGAGGAGCAAGACACACACCUGCUGACAGAUGAUCCAAGGUGGCUGCUGAGACGGCUGACGCAGAUGAGAUCAGUGAGGAAUCCACCGCAAACAACCACAGAAGAGCAGUACUAACUAUCAACAAACAUCUGACAAUGCCUUCAAGAAGAAAAAGA